CUCUAUAAACUCCUAAGGGGAACGAGUCUAUGGUCUCCGUCGCGCAGGACGUGACGUCAUCAGGCCGCGCCGCUCCUCCUGCGUGGAUUCCUAGAUACAUGCGGAGGAAGCCGGUCGAGGUCAAGGCUUGCUGGAGAGAAUGAGAUGCACCAAAUGAGAAAGGGACAAGCCUGAGGCCAGCUCUAGAGAGGACAUAGCAAAUAUCUUGGGCAAUGAGUUGACAUCAAUCCAUUCUGCCAGCAUUUGUUCAGCUGCAUCACCCUUCGACACAGAAUGGCCACCAAACUGAUACAUCGCUGGUAUCGGCUGUACAGGGUCUCGUCUUCCUUGUGUGUCCAAACCAAUUCUGUGUUUGCAAGAAGCCAGUUGGUGAGAAUGUCAUCCCAGCCCCCAUUUGCCUUAGCGACCCCUUGUAGCCACUCAGCACAGACGGAUAAACUCUCAGUCCAGGAGCAGCCGUACAGGACGCCCUCUGAGCACAGCCAGGUGGACCACUUCAUAGACAAGACAUCCACUGCUGAGGAACUCUUGCAUUUAGUGGACCUUUACCCUGUAAACGCAAACCAGGCUGCGCGGAUCAUCACUCGUCUGUCCCGUAUAGUUGCAGAGAAAAAACUGGACCCUGGGGGUUUCCUGGAGGAUGCCCGCUUUGAACAGCUGCUUCAGACCGUUAAUGCAGAAGUGUCUCAGGUGUGGAAUGCCGCCUUGACCAAUCUCCUGAAGAGCCUUUAUCUGCUGGGGCUGAAGCGGAAUCGGCGAGAACUGCUUUCGGUGGAGCAGGAGGUACGCUGGCGUCUGAGGCGCCUGACCUUCCGGCACUUGGCCUCCCUGGCUGAGCAAGUGGUUGCCAGCACCCCGAGGGGAGAGCAGAGUGAGCUACUGAGUGACCUGGUGAAGCAGCUGGAGCUGCGUUGGACGGAGAUCGAGGACACCAGGACUGUGGUGGCACUGAUGGCCAAAAUUGGGGCCCUUUCUCCCAUUCUUAUGGAGCGUCUGGAGGAUAAGGGCCUGGAGAUGGCUGAGCAGUUCAGCCCAGAGGAUACACGGAAAAUCGCCAUGGCCUUGGCGCAUCAGAACCGCCGUUCCAUCCCUCUGCUGAGGGCCAUGUCUUACCAUUUGGUCCAGAAGCACUUUGUCCUGAGCCCUGGAGUUCUCCUGGACUUGGCUUUUGCCUAUGGGAAGCUGAAUUUCCACCAGACGCAGGUGUUCCAGAAGAUCGCAUCUGACCUCCAGCCCCGCAUGCCUGAAUUGGCACCAGCGGAUGUGGUGCGCUGUGUCAAGUCCUUUGCUUACCUCAAGUGGCUCAACCUGCCCCUCUUUGAGGCUGUGGCCCAGUAUGUCAUUGACAAUGCUGACAAAGUCAGCCCUGUCCACCUGAGCAACAUCAUCCUUGCUUUUGCACGCUUGAACUUUCAUCCCAGCAACAGGGAGGCCUUCUAUACUGUGGUCCACAAGGGGCUGGACAGCUGCCUGGAUGACUUAGAUCCCUACCUUCUCCUGGACCUGGUGUGGUCACUCUGUGUGCUGCAGCAAGCGAAGGAUGCCCAUCUGGAAAAAGUGCUGGUGCCAGCGUUUCACUCUCACUUCUUAGGCAACCAGUCCCCAAAAGGCCAGAACUACCAGCUCAAACUGCUCCACGUCAAUGCCACGGCCCAGCUGGAGCAUGCCGACUACAAAGGGCCCUUCUUGCCCCCAGAGGCCCAGCGUGUCAAGGAGCUGCAGGGGGACCGGAAGGCCACUCCCUUGCAGAGCAGCCUCAGAGAAGUGCUGAAAGAAGUGGCUGGAGAGGAGGGGAAAGUGCGCUUUGAGGUGGACACCGCCUGGGGAUGGCAGCUGGGUGCUGAGAUGGUGCUUAACUGUGACAACCAGCCUUUGCCUGUGGCAGAUUUUGUUUCUCCUCCUCCACUGCCCCAGUCUGGGGGGCCAAAGCCUCUCCUUUCAGAAGUCAGAAGGCUCGCCUUCCUUACCUGGGAGUUCCCAAACUUCAGCAACCGGAGCAAAGACCUGCUGGGGAGGUUCGCCAUGACCCGGCGGCACAUCCGAGCUGGUGGUUUCUUGGUUGUUGAUGUUCCCUAUUAUGAAUGGUUUGACUUGAAGUCGGAGUGGCAGAAGGCGUCCUAUCUCAGGGACAAGAUGAACAAAGCAGUAGCCGAAGAGAUGGCAAAAUAGGGACGCACACAGACACACACAGCCCUGAGCAACUGGAGGAGAAGGGAUUCUGCCCAACUUCCCUGCCUUCUGCAUUCAUUCUGGGGAGCAUCUCUGAGCAUGCAAGGCAUCUUUCUUGCUGUGUAUAUAAAUGUGUAUUUCAAUAAAUGUACAGUCCACCUUG